CCCGGAGAGGCCUCCAUUUUGGAGUCUUCCCUGAGGAGUUCCUACCAGCUUUUCGCACCGCUGCCGCGUUUGCCCGCGGUCUUGCCGGGCAGGAUGAAUGUGGUAGACCACGUGCGAGAUAUGGCGGCCGCGGGGCUGCACUCCAACGUGCGGCUCCUUAGCAGCUUGCUACUUACAAUGAGUAAUAAUAACCCUGAGUUAUUCUCCCCACCUCAGAAGUACCAGCUUUUGGUGUAUCAUGCAGAUUCUCUCUUUCAUGAUAAGGAGUAUCGGAAUGCUGUGAGUAAGUAUACCAUGGCUUUACAGCAGAAGAAAGCCCUCAGUAAAACUUCAAAAGUGAGACCUUCAACUGGAAACUCUGCAUCUACUCCACAAAGUCAGUGUCUUCCAUCUGAAAUUGAAGUGAAAUACAAAAUGGCUGAAUGUUAUACAAUGCUAAAACAAGAUAAAGAUGCCAUUGCUAUACUUGAUGGGAUCCCUUCAAGACAAAGAACUCCCAAAAUAAACAUGAUGCUGGCAAAUCUGUACAAGAAGGCUGGUCAGGAGCGCCCAUCAGUCACCAGCUAUAAGGAAGUGCUGAGGCAAUGCCCACUAGCACUUGAUGCCAUUCUAGGUUUGCUGUCUCUUUCUGUAAAAGGUGCAGAGGUGGCAUCGAUGACAAUGAAUGUGAUCCAAACGGUGCCUAACUUGGAUUGGCUCUCUGUGUGGAUCAAAGCAUAUGCUUUUGUGCACACUGGUGACAACUCCAGAGCAAUCAAUACCAUCUGUUCACUAGAGAAAAAGUCCUUAUUGCGAGAUAACGUGGACCUUCUGGGAAGCUUAGCAGAUCUGUACUUCAGAGCUGGAGACAAUAAAAACUCUGUCCUCAAGUUUGAACAGGCACAGAUGUUGGAUCCUUACCUGAUAAAAGGAAUGGAUGUAUAUGGCUACCUCCUGGCACGAGAAGGGCGACUGGAAGAUGUGGAGAACCUUGGCUGUCGCCUUUUCAAUAUUUCUGAUCAACAUGCAGAACCCUGGGUGGUCUCUGGGUGUCACAGCUUCUACAGCAAACGAUACUCCAGGGCUCUCUAUUUAGGAGCCAAGGCCAUUCAGCUGAACAGUAAUAGUGUUCAAGCUUUGCUACUUAAGGGAGCAGCACUUAGGAACAUGGGCAGAGUCCAAGAAGCAAUAAUCCACUUUCGGGAAGCUAUACGGCUUGCACCUUGUCGCUUAGAUUGUUAUGAAGGUCUCAUUGAAUGUUACUUAGCCUCCAACAGUAUUCGUGAAGCAAUGGUAAUGGCCAACAAUGUUUACAAAACUCUAGGAGCAAAUGCACAGACCCUUACCCUUUUAGCCACCGUUUGUCUUGAAGACCCAGUGACACAGGAGAAAGCCAAAACUUUACUAGAUAAAGCCCUGACCCAAAGGCCGGACUACAUUAAGGCUGUGGUGAAAAAAGCAGAAUUACUUAGCAGAGAACAGAAAUAUGAAGAUGGAAUUGCUUUGCUGAGGAAUGCACUAGCUAAUCAGAGUGACUGUGUCCUGCAUCGGAUCCUAGGAGAUUUCCUUGUAGCUGUCAAUGAGUAUCAGGAAGCAAUGGACCAGUAUAGUAUAGCACUAAGUUUGGACCCCAAUGACCAGAAGUCUCUAGAGGGGAUGCAGAAGAUGGAGAAGGAGGAGAGUCCCACGGAUGCCACUCAGGAGGAGGAUGUGGACGACAUGGAAGGGAGUGGGGAAGAAGGGGACCUGGAGGGCAGCGACAGUGAGGCGGCCCAGUGGGCUGACCAGGAGCAGUGGUUCGGCAUGCAGUGAGGCAGGCGGCAGCUCUGUGGCCACACUGGCUUGCCCUGCUGUGAGCACUUCCGUGGACUGAAGGAACCCGUAGGAGCCCGCUCUCUGGGAGGACAAUGAUUCAGCAUGUGAUGCAGCAGGGGUCUCUGCCCCUGGCUCCAUAUUUCUAGUACUGACUUCAUUUUUAAAAACUGAGCCUGACCAACUUUCCAUAUAUCUCCAUCCUCCCCUCCUCCAGCCAGGGAGGACCGGGUGAGCACUCUGGGAGGCUCACAGACAUGUCAGGGCCUCUGGGACAGAGUGCUUUUUGUAUAACUAAUUUCUAAAUCUGAAAACCAGGAAUAGACAGUGUUCUGUCUGUGACAGUUGUGGAUGAGUUUAAAGGAGUGACCUGUCACCCAGAGCAAGCGUGUCAUCUCCCAAGAUAGACAGCAGCACAGGCCGAUGCUUUCAGGGUUUUCUGUCCCAGAAAUCAUUGUCCUGGGCUGUCCAAACAUCCCUAGGAACCUUGCUUCAUUCUGCAAUGUUAGUAAUGCCUUAAGCUGACAAUUGCUAUUUUGCAGAACAAUUUUCCUAUUUGCUAAUCUGGUAACUUGCCUGUGAGCCUGGGCAGGAUCUGAGAAACAGGUGUGACCUAGAGCAUGAACAGAGGUGCACCUGGGUAAUUAACUAAUAAAACUGUUUUUUGUACAGUAA